CUCCUCUUUCCUCUCAAACACAGCAAAAGAAAGAAACGAAAAUGUUCAUCGAGAGCUUCAAGGUUGAGAGCCCCAAUGUCAAGUACACCGAGGGUGAGAUUCACUCUGUCUACAACUACGAGACUACAGAGCUUGUUCAUGAGAGCAGAAACGGCACCUACCAAUGGAUUGUCAAGCCCAAGACUGUCAAAUACGAGUUCAAAACUGAUACUCAUGUCCCCAAAUUAGGGGUCAUGCUUGUUGGAUGGGGAGGGAACAAUGGUUCAACUCUCACUGGCGGUGUCAUUGCAAACAGGGAAGGGAUUUCAUGGGCAACAAAGGAUAAGGUGCAACAGGCCAAUUAUUUUGGGUCACUGACACAGGCAUCCUCAAUCAGAGUUGGUUCCUUCAAUGGAGAAGAGAUCUAUGCCCCCUUCAAAAGCCUUCUUCCCAUGGUCAACCCAGAUGACGUAGUGUUUGGGGGAUGGGACAUCAGCAAUAUGAAUUUGGCUGAUGCCAUGGGCAGGGCCAAGGUGUUAGAUAUUGAUCUCCAGAAGCAGCUCAGGCCCUACAUGGAGCACAUGGUCCCACUCCCUGGAAUCUACGAUCCUGAUUUCAUAGCCGCCAAUCAGGGAUCACGUGCCAACAACGUGAUUAAAGGAACCAAGAAAGAACAAGUUCAACAGAUCAUCAAAGACAUGAGGGACUUUAAGGAGCAAAAUAAGGUGGACAAGGUCGUAGUGCUGUGGACAGCCAACACAGAAAGAUACAGUAAUGUUGUCGUUGGGCUAAACGAUACAGCCGAAAGCCUGAUGGCCUCGGUAGAGAGGAAUGAGGCCGAGAUAUCUCCUUCAACCUUGUAUGCCAUAGCUUGUGUUUUUGAAAAUGUUCCGUUCAUUAAUGGCAGCCCACAAAAUACUUUUGUUCCAGGGUUGAUUGAUUUGGCGAUUCAGAGGAACAGUUUGAUUGGUGGAGAUGAUUUCAAGAGCGGUCAAACCAAGAUGAAAUCAGUGCUAGUUGAUUUCCUUGUUGGAGCUGGUAUCAAGCCAACGUCGAUUGUGAGCUAUAAUCAUCUGGGAAACAACGACGGGAUGAAUCUAUCAGCACCCCAAACUUUCCGGUCCAAAGAGAUUUCUAAAAGCAAUGUGGUAGACGACAUGGUUGCCAGCAACGGCAUCCUUUAUGAGCCUGGUGAACACCCCGACCAUAUUGUUGUCAUCAAGUAUGUACCGUAUGUGGGGGACAGCAAGAGAGCAAUGGACGAGUACACUUCGGAGAUAUUCAUGGGAGGGAAAAGUACCAUAGUUCUGCACAACACGUGUGAGGACUCUCUUCUGGCUGCUCCCAUCAUCCUGGAUUUGGUCCUCCUAGCUGAACUCAGCACUCGUAUUCAGCUCAAAGCCGAGGGAGAGGGCAAAUUCCAUUCGUUCCACCCGGUGGCAACCAUCCUCAGCUACCUAACCAAAGCCCCUCUUGUACCUCCAGGCACACCGGUCGUCAACGCACUGUCUAAGCAGCGUGCCAUGCUCGAGAACAUCUUGAGGGCUUGUGUUGGAUUGGCUCCAGAAAACAAUAUGAUUUUGGAAUACAAGUGAAAAGAAAAAAAACAUUGUGGGAAUUGGACAAACGGGCAAGGACAGGACACCCGUGCUGUUGUUCUUGCUUAGCUUUUGGUAUUUUCUUGUAAGCGUAGUACUGGGAGUUAGUGUUUUUCCUUUUUUGAUGUAGUUGCAAUAAUGGAUUGAAGUGUAUUUUACUGUUAAGUAGUUGCUAUGCAUAAAUUUUAUUUGUUUAAGUAAAAUAAAUGAUGUGAUAAUAAAAGAAUACAAAUUCAUCUUA